UACAGCCAAAUGUCUGAAGUGAAAGAUCUGCUGCUAGUAUCCUUCCUCUUGUUCGGUUGUCUGUUGCUGAAAUUUCCAUUCAGUGUGUCAGCGUAUGACCAUGUGACUAACAGAGAGCCAGGUUGUUAUAGGCACACAGAAAAAGAGUGAUCUCACCAGGGUCCUAUAAAAGCUUUUCUUUUAUAUGUUGAUGUUUGAACAGAAAAUACUUUUCAGUAUUAAACAGAAAGGUAAGAAAUAAAAUGUCUCAAAAAACUUUAUAAAUUGCUCUAGUUCUAGCACCAAGAAAAGGUUUUCACCAGUCAUUACUUGUCAAGAAUUUCAGUGUGUAGAUUCACUCAUUUUUUAAAAAUUAUUAUAGCAUCUUAGCAGCUAUAAUAGCAUCAUAGCAGCUCUGCCUUUUAAUAUAUAGUGAUUGCAGUUGUUGUAAAAGUGUCUAUCAUCUUACUGCCUUUUACAUUUCUUUUAUGACACUUUCCACAUGCUCUCACUGUUGAAUUGAAACUUUGUCAAUUAUAUUAAACCCCCUUUCAACAUUGGGUCAAGAUUAGCACUUGUACUUGUUAUAACCUGAAAAAAAAAGGAGUAUCCUUUGCUUGUUUUAGCUAAUCGUAAACGUUUCAUGUACAAUCCAGUUUAAAACGAAAGGAACUUUUAAGGUCAGAGAACCAUUGAAAUUUUUGCACUUAUGACUCGUACAUUUUUUUCUGCCUCUUUUACUCGCUCACAUAUAACUAAUUCUUAACUGAUAUAAUGGCCCUCACUCUCUCUUAGCCAGUUCACAGUUAAUGAAUGUUGGAGUUUUAUGACAGGGAGGAACAGAGUUUAUUAAAAUAUAACUAUGCUGAACAGCAUGUAUUUUAAUCUUUAACAUGGGAAAAGGUUCAGCUCUGGUUUUAAAAAGCUGCUCUCAAUGUUAAAGACAAGUUAAUAUACAGUAAUCUGCAUUUCAGUCCAAAAGAGCUCACUGUUUAGAUCUCUUUCAUAUAUAUGCAAUAAAUAAUACUUUUUGAGUUAAUAUUGAGUUUCUUUAGGUGUCUAACACCACAGUCUACAUGUAAAUAGUGGGAGAGACAUUUCAGGCAAAUUCACAUGCAAAUUGCUGUUUUGGCAGCCAUGUUUAUACUGUGCUGAAAUGAGCUUGAGAAUCGUGGGAUUGUGGGAAGGACAUCAGAUUUACUGAUUGUAUCUUAAGCUAUUCUACACCAUCUGACAACAAACAGCCAGCCGUUUACAAAACAUGAUCUAGAUUCUAAAAUCCUUAAUGCCUUCACAAAAUAAAGGCUGGCUUUACCUGUAAGCUAGGGUAGGGUUUUAUUAUUUGCUGUUAAAGAUUCUAGAUCUUCAACUUUAAUAAUAGUGAAAUGAGAUUAUGAAGAAGGUUUCAGGUGAUGAUUGAUGAAGUUUUACCUAAUAUUUCAGAGGAAAAGUCUGAAAAGGGAAAAUAGCAGUUAAGCAAUAGAGUACAGUCAAUAUAUAGUAAAUGUAUAAAUGAUUUACAGACUCUUUUGCAAUAGCACACAAUAAAACUAGGUAUGUUUCCAGCAAAGGACUUUGGUUUUUCUUUGCUAGUGGUUGUCAUUGAAAGUUCAAACGUGGGAAUGAAGGUUAAAUAGAUCAUAAAUUACAAAUGUAAAAAAAAAAAACUACCCCUACAUCUGCCAAUCCUGUCUAAGUUUACUCAAAUCUCCACCCCUGCAGGCAGGUGAUAUAAAGGUUUGUGCUCCCUUUUUGGAACAGCAGGAGCUUUUAUAUGUCUUCAGAGGACUGGAAUAGGAAAAGCCCUGCUGAAUAUUUAAUACAUUGAAAAGACAAAAUGGGAUUAGGUAAGGGUGGUGAGAAGUACAAAUUAGCAGCAACCUCUGAAGAUGGGGAGAAAAAGAAGAAAAAGGGGAAAAAGCAGGAGAAGGACAUGGAUGAUCUAAAAAAAGAAGUUGAUCUGGAUGAUCAUAAGUUGACCUUAGAUGAGCUUCAUCGCAAAUAUGGCUCUGACCUUGAAAGAGGUUUGACUUCUUCUCAAGCAAAGGAGAUUCUAGCACGAGAUGGACCCAAUGCCCUGACACCUCCUCCCACAACCCCAGAAUGGGUCAAAUUCUGCAAACAGCUCUUUGGUGGAUUUUCCACUUUAUUGUGGAUUGGAGCUAUUCUUUGUUUCUUGGCUUAUGGAAUCCAGGCUGCUUCAGAAGAUGAACCAGCAAAUGAUAAUUUGUAUCUUGGAAUUGUCCUAUCUGCGGUUGUAAUGAUCACUGGAUGCUUCUCAUACUAUCAAGAGGCUAAGAGCUCAAAGAUCAUGGAGUCUUUUAAGAACCUUGUCCCUCAGCAAGCUCUAGUUGUCCGUGAUGGUGAGAAGAGAAGCAUUAAUGCUGAGGAAGUAGUGGCUGGUGACAUUGUGGAGAUUAAGGGUGGUGACAGAAUCCCAGCUGAUCUGCGCAUUAUCGCUGCACAUGGAUGCAAGGUGGACAACUCAUCCCUUACUGGUGAAUCUGAGCCUCAGACUCGUGCUCCAGACUUCUCCAAUGAGAAUCCUUUAGAAACAAGGAACAUUGCAUUCUUUUCUACAAAUUGUGUUGAAGGUUCUGCCAAAGGUAUUGUCAUCAACACUGGUGAUCGCACUGUGAUGGGUCGAAUUGCCACCCUGGCCUCAAGUCUUGAGGGCGGAAAGACCCCUAUUGCCAAAGAGAUUGAACACUUUAUCCACAUUAUUACUGGUGUGGCUGUUUUCCUGGGUGUGUCUUUCUUUAUAUUGUCCCUUAUCCUUGGAUAUGGAUGGCUUGAAGCUGUAAUCUUUCUUAUUGGAAUUAUUGUUGCUAAUGUGCCUGAGGGUCUGCUUGCUACUGUGACUGUAUGUCUGACUUUAACUGCUAAACGUAUGGCCAAGAAGAACUGCCUGGUCAAAAAUCUUGAAGCAGUGGAGACACUUGGCUCUACCUCCACCAUCUGCUCAGACAAGACAGGAACUCUGACUCAGAACCGUAUGACUGUGGCACAUAUGUGGUUUGAUAAUCAGAUUCAUGAAGCAGAUACCACAGAGAACCAAAGCGGAGCCUCUUUUGACAGAAGCUCUGCUACAUGGUCUGCUCUUGCUCGUGUAGCCGGCCUGUGCAACCGUGCAGUCUUCCUGGGCGAUCAAGCAAAUGUUCCUAUCCUUAAGAGAGAAACUGCUGGUGAUGCAUCAGAGUCUGCUCUGCUGAAAUGUAUUGAACUUUGCUGUGGUACAGUGAAGGACAUGAGAGACAAAUACCCCAAGAUUGCUGAGAUCCCUUUCAACUCCACCAAUAAAUACCAACUUUCAAUCCACAAGAACCCAAACUCAUCAGAGACAAAACACUUGCUUGUAAUGAAAGGAGCUCCUGAGAGAAUCCUAGACCGUUGCUCAACAAUUAUAAUUCAAGGAAAAGAGCAACCACUAGAUGAUGAGAUGAAGGAUUCUUUCCAGAAUGCAUAUGUGGAACUUGGAGGUCUAGGAGAAAGAGUUUUAGGUUUCUGCCAUUACAGCCUGCCUGAUGAUCAGUUUCCUGAAGGCUUUGCAUUUGAUACUGAUGAAGUGAACUUCCCCACUGAGAACCUGUGCUUUGUUGGACUCAUGGCUAUGAUUGAUCCUCCUCGUGCUGCAGUGCCUGAUGCUGUUGGCAAGUGCAGGAGUGCUGGAAUUAAGGUUAUCAUGGUUACAGGAGAUCACCCAAUUACAGCUAAAGCUAUUGCCAAAGGUGUGGGUAUCAUCUCUGAAGGCAAUGAGACUGUGGAAGACAUUGCUGCUCGUUUAAACAUUCCUGUUGGAGAUGUCGACCCCAGGGAUGCAAAGGCUUGUGUUGUCCAUGGUGGCGAUUUGAAGGACAUGACCGCAGAAAAACUGGAUGAUAUUCUAAGUCAUCACACAGAAAUUGUGUUUGCCAGAACGUCUCCACAGCAAAAACUGAUAAUUGUUGAAGGCUGUCAGAGACAGGGUGCGAUUGUAGCUGUGACUGGUGAUGGUGUUAAUGAUUCUCCUGCUCUGAAGAAGGCUGAUAUUGGUGUAGCGAUGGGUAUUGCUGGAUCUGAUGUCUCCAAACAGGCUGCUGAUAUGAUUCUCCUGGAUGACAACUUUGCUUCUAUUGUAACUGGAGUAGAGGAAGGUCGUCUGAUAUUUGACAACCUUAAGAAAUCUAUUGCAUAUACUCUGACCAGCAACAUUCCUGAGAUUUCCCCCUUCCUGCUCUUCAUUAUUGCAAACAUUCCUCUUCCUUUGGGCACUGUCACUAUUUUGUGUAUUGACCUGGGAACUGACAUGGUUCCUGCUAUUUCUUUGGCAUACGAAGCUGCUGAAAGUGAUAUCAUGAAGAGACAGCCCAGGAAUGCUAAAACAGACAAACUGGUGAAUGAAAGGCUUAUUAGUAUGGCAUAUGGUCAAAUUGGAAUGAUGCAGGCUACUGCAGGAUUCUUCAGUUACUUUGUGAUUCUAGCUGAGAACGGAUUCUUACCUGCAGACCUAAUAGGAAUGCGUGUCAAAUGGGAUGAUAAAUAUGUCAAUGAUUUAGAAGACAGCUAUGGCCAACAAUGGACUUAUGAACGAAGAAAAAUUGUGGAGUACACAUGCCACACUGCAUUCUUUGUGAGCAUAGUAAUUGUGCAAUGGGCUGAUCUGAUCAUUUGUAAGACUAGGAGGAACUCCAUCCUACAGCAGGGAAUGAAAAACAAAAUAUUAAUCUUCGGGUUGUUCGAGGAGACUGCUUUGGCAGCUUUCUUAUCCUACUGCCCAGGCAUGGAUGUAGCUCUUAGAAUGUAUCCAAUGAAACCAAGCUGGUGGUUCUGUGCCUUCCCAUAUUCACUGCUCAUCUUUCUUUACGAUGAGGCAAGAAGAUACCUCCUUAGAAGGAACCCAGGCGGAUGGGUGGAAAAGGAGACAUACUACUAAGAAAACACCCUUCUCACAUAUGAAAUUCAUCAUGAAUGCAAACUUUCAUAGAAAUAAAGAAGCAUACAAAAUAUAUACUUUUUAUAUUUUGCAUUCAUAGUAAUAUAUUACUAAUAUUCUAAUAAAGGCAAACUAACACAGUAAAAAUGAGAAAAGGUUGUUUUCAUAAUUCACAAGCACAUCUUCUUCUUCUUCUGCAAUGUUCCUCUAAUAAACUCGUUUUUAAUUCUGUC